AUGCCGGGCUCAAGAACUACGAAGAAGGAAGACCCAUCACUGAGGCACCUGACGGUGAAAUGUUCCAACAUCCAGGCAUCCCUACAGGACAUUUUCCGAUUUGUGGAGGAUUUUACGGACGAUACCAUGACGGAGAUGAUCGAGGUGCGGCUUACAAGGUUGGACGAGCUGUGGGAAGGUUUCGAAAAUGUGAUGAUAGAUAUUCAAUCACACGAGGAACAUGUUGAGGAAGAUAAUCCAAAUAUUGAGCGGAAAAGACGAGAGUUUAGUAAUCUUUAUUAUCAAGCAAAGGCUUUCAUGUUGAGCAAGGUUAAGGAUCGUACCGUACCGAAUAGUUCUGGACAGUUGCCUAGGGGAUUAGAUUCGACAAUUCAAGAAACACAUGACCAUAUUAGACUACCUCAAAUCAAGUUACCUUCCUUCUCAGGUGAUAUUGAUGAAUGGCUCGGGUUUAGAGAUCUGUUUAUUUCCUUAAUUCAUGUUAAACCAGAACUUCCAGAUAUUGAAAAGUUCUAUUAUCUGAAAGGAUGCUUGCAAGGAGAAGCCAGGGCCCUACUAGAUCCUAUUCAAGUAUCACAAGCUAAUUAUCAGGUAGCAUGGGACACACUCGUCAAUCGGUACAGUAAUAGUAAGCUAUUAAAGAGAAGACAGAUUAGCUCCCUGUUUGGCCUACCCACGAUGCACAAGGAAUCGGUGACGGAGCUCCAGUCCCUUUUAGAUGGAUUCGAGAGAAUAGUUCACACUCUUGACCAGGUGGUUCAUGUUAACGAUUAUAAAGAUUUGUUGUUGGUUAAUUUCCUCACUGCACGUCUGGAUCAUGUAACUCGUCGAUCUUGGGAAGAGCAUUCCUCAACAGAAGAACAGGAUACCAUAGAAGAUUUAAUCAGUUUUCUCCAUCGACGUAUUAGGAUCCUGGAAUCGCUUCCGCCGAAAGUGAUAGAAUCUAAAGGAGUUAAUCAAAAUUCUACAAAUAGAUCAAGGCCCACUUUACUUAGAACGAGUUACGCUACUGCACAGUCAAUUGGAAUUCAAUGUGCGUUAUGUAAGGAGGAUCAUCUUUUGCAUCAAUGCUCCGAUUUUAGACAUCUUCCAGUAAACGAACGAGAUGCGUUUUUGAAAAGUCAUUCGUUGUGCCGGAAUUGCUUUAGAAUUGGUCACCAUGCUAAGGAAUGCCAGUCAAGAUUCUCGUGUAGAAUCUGUAAAGGGCGACACCAUACGCUCGUAUGCUUCAAAACCAACCGGCAGGAUGGAGUUCUGGAGGAUUCCCAGGUUAGGAUCAGCAACACGUCAUCAGCUACGGAGGAGGCUGAAGAAUCAAACCCGUCUUUUGAAGUGACUACCACGGCGACUACAAGCACUACCGUUUCUAAUUGCAACGCUUAUAACACUUCACGAAUUUUAUUAGCGACUGCAGUGGUGUUGAUUGAGGAUGACAUAGGCUGUCAGGUUCCGGCUCGAGCGCUCCUGGAUUCGGGUUCGGAAAGUAACUUCAUUACAGAAACAUUAAGUCAAAGGAUUAACUUGUCACGCGAAAGGGUUCAAAUUUCCGUGUCUGGAAUUGGUCAAGCCUCUUUAAAGGUGAAGCAAAGAGUGCACGCUGUUAUCAAGUCUAAAAACUCUAACUUCAACAAGCCAAUGAGUUUUCUUGUGCUUCCAAGGGUAACAGCGAAUCUACCAACUACUACAAUCAACACAAGGGAAUGGAAAAUACCAGACGGAUUUAAACUGGCAGAUCCGUCAUUUUUCGAAUCCAAGUCGGUCGACAUCGUUCUUGGAAUCGAGGCAUUUUUUGAAUAUUUUGAGACUGGCCGUAGAAUUUCCUUAGGGGAUGGCAUGCCGGCACUUACAGAGUCUGUAUUUGGAUGGAUCGUUAGUGGAGGGCUCGCGGAUCCAAGUCAAUCACUAAAACUUAAUUGCCACGUUUCUAUGGAAGCGAAAUUGGAAGAAAUUCUCACACGAUUCUGGGCUGCAGAAGAAGUUGGAACCAGCCGGAAAUACUCACCAGAGGAACAACGUUGUGAAGAUAUGUUCCGGGAAUCCAUAAAGCGUAAUGGAGAGGGCCGUUAUAUAGUGUCACUUCCAAAAAUUACCAACAUUUGGGGCCAAUUAGGAAGCUCGAAGGAUAUUGCCUUGAGACGUUUACAUUCCACCGAGAGACGAUUAGCAAGAAACGAAGAACUUCGAAAACAAUAUCUUUUGUUUAUGGCCGAAUACGAAAUGUUAGGGCAUAUGCAAGAAAUUAUUCCCCAGGAGGUUAGUUCAGUUAAGCGAUGUUAUUUACCACACCACCCUGUUAUUAAAGAGGACAGCACAACUACCCGAUUAAGAGUGGUUUUUGAUGCAUCCUGCAAAACUUCUUCAGGAUGUUCACUGAACGAUCUUCUACUUACUGGCCCUGUCAUUCAGGAUGAUUUAAGAGAAAUUAUACUCCGAUGCCGAACGAAACAGAUAUUAGUAGUAGCAGACGUGGAGAAAAUGUUUCGACAGGUGCUGGUCAACCCUAAGGAUAGGCCGUUGCAAACCAUUCUAUGGCGCGCCUCUCCAUUAAACGAAGUUAAAACGUAUGAACUGAACACAAUUACUUACGGGACGAAGGCCGCGCCCUUCCUGGCAACAAGGGUUCUGAAGCAAUUGGCGUUAGAUGAAAGGCAUCGAUUUCCGUUGGCAGCGAAAGCAUAUUUGGAGGAUACUUACAUGGAUGACGUUAUUACGGGGGCGGACGACGCUGAGACAGCACUCGAGCUGAGGAUUCAGCUGGAAAAAGCUGCUACUUGCGGUGGAUUCCGUCUCCGAAAAUUCGCUUCGAACGCUAAACAAAUUUUGGAGAGUGUGUCUAAGGAAAACCUGGCAAUUUUGGAUUCAUCGAUACAUCUCGACGCAGAUCCAUCGGUGAAAACUCUUGGGUUAUCUUGGCUACCCAACUCAGAUGUUCUCAUGUUUCGUUUCAAUGUACCUGUGCUUCCUGAACACGAAACUUUAACCAAACGUCGUAUUUUAUCGGUUAUUGCCACGCUUUUUGACCCAUUGGGAUUACUUGGUGCAGCAAUAACCAAGGCAAAGAUAUUGAUGCAGCAGCUCUGGACUCUUAAAGAUGAAUGCGGAAAUAGGUUGGGCUGGGAUCAACCUGUGCCUUCUACGGUGGGUGAGAUUUGGAGGAACUACUACUAUCAGCUACCUGUUUUCAAUCAGAUCCAGGUGAACCGUUGCGUUAUUUUGCCUAAUGCAAUUACAGUGGAAUUUCAUUGCUUUUCGGACGCGUCAGAGCGAGCGUUCGGUGGUUGUAUUUAUGUUCGGAGUUUCGAUGCCCAAGGCGCGGUUAAAAUUCAGUUGUUGUCGUCUAAAUCAAAGGUAGCACCAUUAAAAUGCCAGAGCAUUCCGCGCUUAGAGCUAUGUGGAGCGCUGCUAGUUGCUGAACUCGAGGAGAAGGUGAGAAAAGCGGUAAAAAUCCAAACCAUCGGCACUAUUUUUUGGACAGACUCGACCUGCGUGUUGAGAUGGAUUCAAGCUCCACCACUGACGUGGACUACCUUUGUAGCCAACAGAGUAUCAAAAAUUCAAACUCUAACAAACGGAUGUGAAUGGCGACAUGUAUCAGGCUUAGACAAUCCGGCAGAUCUAAUCUCAAGAGGAAUAUCACCUACAAACAUAGUGGAUAAUCAUUUCUGGUGGAACGGACCAGCAUGGUUGAAGGAAAACAGGGAACAGUGGCCAACUUCAUCAGAUGAUAUUCCAGCAGACGUUGGAAAUGACGAGCUACGACGCACAACAGUUGCUGCAACAGGAUCGAGCUACGCUGACUUCAAUGAAUGGUUUUUUGGGAAAUUCUCUAGUUAUUUUGAAAUGAUUAGGAAAACGGCAUAUUUAUUACGCUUUAUGAAACUGAUUCAAAAAAAAUUAGAAGGUGAACCUAAUGCAUUUCUGUCCAGCGCUGAAAUAAAAGAAGCUGAAAGAGUUUUGAUUCAUCGAGUUCAACAGGAAACGUUUGCGGCGGAAAUUACAGCACUAAGGAAAAACGAAGAUGUCUCCUCAAAAUCUCCGUUGAAAUGGUUUCGCCCGUUUUUAGACGAGGAUGGAUUGGUUCGUUUAGGUGGUCGUUUGAAAAAUUCUUCCGAAAUUGCCGGUUUCAAAAAUCCAGUGAUCCUACCUGCAAGACAUAUCAUCACCCGAUUAAUUUUUGAGCAUUAUCAUCUUCGCCUUAUGCAUGCCGGACCUCAGCUCCUUCUUGCAUCGGUUCGCCAAAAAUUCUGGCCACUAGGCGGCAGAAGCGUUGCCAAGCAAAUAGUGCAUAAAUGCAUCAAGUGUUUCCGGUCAAGGCCUACGCCCAUUCAACAGCUGAUGGGAGACUUACCAGCGGUCCGUGUAACGGAGUCCCGACCAUUCGCAAAUACAGGUGUGGACUAUUUUGGGCCAAUGUACACUAGACCAGCUCCCCGUCGCCCAGCGGUCAAGGCCUACGUAGCUAUCUUUAUAUGCAUGUGCACAAAGGCUGUCCACAUGGAGCUCGUGACGGAUCUGUCUACCGAUUGUUUCAUUAAGGCUUUGCAACGGUUCAUUUCUAGGCGCGGAUUUUGUUCACAAAUCUUUUCAGAUAAUGGAACCAAUUUUGUUGGCGCAAGAAACAAAUUUGUAGAGUUGCAGCGUCUGUUAAAAAAUAAAACGCAUCAUGAAAAGGUUUCCAAGGAAUGCUCAAGGCUGAUGAUUCAGUGGCACUUUAGUCCUCCUGCCUCUCCGCAUUUUGGGGGGCUUUGGGAGGCUGCGGUUCGGUCGGCAAAGAAACAUUUGUUGAUUGUGAUUGGCGAAACCCCUCUUCCACCAGAAGAUUUAUCAACACUCGUAAUUCAAGCUGAAGCUUGCCUAAACUCACGCCCGAUUAUGCCGUUGAAGGAUGAUCCGACUGAUUUGGAACCGCUAACUCCGGCUCACUUUAUCAUUGGUACUAGUUUGCAGGAUUUGCCCGAAGAAGAUAUGGAAGCAUGCCCUGAUAAUCGUCUCAGCCAUUUUCAGUUGAUAUGUAAAAAGAAACAGUUAUUUUGGAAACGAUGGCAUCACGAAUAUCUUAGCCUGCUGCAAGGAAGAAACAAACGUUGGAAGUCUCCUGUAAAGGUCGAAGUUGGACGGUUAGUUGUUGUUUGUGAUGAGCGUACUGCGCCCUGCAACUGGAGGAUGGGCAGGAUAGAAGAGGUGUACCCUGGGUCCGAUGGCACUGUACGUGUGGUGAAAUUAAAAACGGCAUCUGGAUCAAUUACACGAGAGGCCGAGAAGGUUUGCGUUUUACCAAUCUACAGUGAUAGUGAAUCCCAAUAA